AUGAACGAAGAAGAAAUCGGUCGACACCGAGAAGGUGAAGUCCAAGAGCGGCCCUCUUCAGUGUUAGAAGGUACAGGAGGGGAUGCGGCUACCAAAGAAGUGGAGAUAGACCCGCAAACACAGAAACGUGCAGAUCAGAGUAAGCACGACAGUCCUGCUGUGGAAUCAGAAACACCAUCAGAAGGUAUUUCAGCUGAUUCUGAAAAGAAGCAAGAAUCUAUGAGUCCUGAAGUUGAAGAUACUCAAAAUCAAGAGCAAGGCGGAGUCCACGGUCAACAGAGCAGUGAUUCGUCCAAGGUUAAUGAUGAUGACUCUAAAAAACGUCCAUGGGAAGAGGAUGCUGAAGAAGGUAACGAAGAAGUCUAUGCUGCCAAAAAGAUUGAGGAGGAAGGAGAAACCAAUGGUGGCAACGAGGACGAAGAUGACGAAGAUGAUGAAGAUGACGAAGAUGAAGAUGAAGAGAAUGGAGUUGAACGUCACUCCAAAAAGCGUCGCCAGGAAAGGAAUAGAUUUUUAGAUAUUGAAGCUGAAGUGAGUGAUGAUGACGAGGACGAGGAAGACGAGGAAGAAUCUGAAUUGGUGCGUGAAGGUUUCAUCACACGUGGUGAUGAUGAAGACGAAAGUUCGGAGGCACAGCGGGAGGAUAGGCUACAUAGACAGCUAGAUCAGGAUCUAAACAAGUCUUCAGAGGAGGAUGCUCAGAAAUUGGCUAAGGAAUUAAGGGAGCGUUACGGUAGAAGUAGUUCAAAGCAGUAUCGUGCAGCAGCACAGGACGGCUAUGUUCCUCAAAGGUUUUUAUUACCUAGUGUUGAUACUGCUACUAUAUGGGGUGUUCGUUGUAGACCUGGUAAAGAGAAGGAGCUAGUUCGUAAACUACUGAAGAAAAAAUUCAAUUUGGACAGAGCUAUGGGAAACAAAAAACUUAAGAUUUUGUCAAUCUUCCAAAGAGACAACUACACUGGCAGAAUUUAUAUGGAAGCACCAAAGCAGUCUGUCGUCGAAAAGUUUUGUAACGGUGUUCCAGACAUAUACAUAUCACAAAAGCUGCUAAUUCCAGUGCAGGAAUUACCAUUGUUAUUGAAACCUAAUAAAUCAGAUGAUGUAACGUUAAAAGAAGGUAGUUACGUGCGUAUCAAAAGAGGUAUUUAUAAGGGAGAUUUAGCUGUAGUUGAUCAAAUCAGUGAAAACAAUCUAGAAGUUAUGUUAAAGAUGGUUCCUCGGUUGGAUUAUGGUAAGUUUGAUGAGAUAGAUCCAGUGACGAACCAGCGUAAGGCAAGACGCCCUACAUAUGCUCAAAGGCCGCCUCCUCAGCUUUUUAAUCCAACGAUGGCAUUGAGAUUGGAUCAAGCCAAUUUGUAUAAGAGGGAUGACCAUCAUUUCACUUAUAAAAACGACGAUUAUGUGGAUGGAUACUUAUUUAAAUCUUUUAGGAUUCAACACAUAGAAGGUAAAAACAUUCAACCAACGGUUGAAGAACUGGCACGCUUUGGGUCUAAAGAAGGUGCUGUUGAUUUGACAACAAUUUCUCAAACAAUAAAGAAAGCACAAGCAGCUCGUGUUACUUUUCAAGCUGGGGACCGUGUUGAAGUUUUAAACGGGGAGCAGCGCGGCUCUAAGGGUAUUGUGGUCAAAACGGCAUCGGAUGUUGCAACUGUGAGAGUCCCUGAAUUUCCGAAACCGUUAGAAUUUUUAAUGUCAAGUUUAAGAAAGAUCUUUGAACCUGGUGAUCAUGUUACAGUCAUAAGUGGUGAGCAUCAAGGUGAUGCUGGUUUGGUGCUUACCGUAAAGCAAGGACAAGUUACAUUUAUGUCCAACCAGACAAGAGAAGAGGUUACUAUAACUGCAAACAAUUUAGCAAAAUCGCUAGAUUCUACUCCAACAUCAAGUGAAUACUCAUUACAUGAUAUCGUUGAACUUAGUGCAAAGAAUGCAGCAUGUAUUAUCCAGGCCGGUCAUGAUAUAUUCAAAGUAAUUGACGAAAGCGGUAAGGUAUCAACAAUCACAAAGGGUUCAAUUCUCGGAAAAAUCAAUACUUCUCGUUCUCGUGUAGCAACUGUGGAUACCAGCGGUAAUGAAAUCAAAAUUGGAGAUACUGUUGUGGAGAAAGUUGGUGCUCGUAGAGAGGGUCAGGUUUUGUACAUUCAAUCUCAACAAGUUUUUGUGAUGUCAAAAAAAAUAGUGGAAAAUGCAGGUGUUUUCCUUGUAAAUCCAUUGAAUGUAGAAGCUGUAGCAUCAAGGGAUAAUGUUCUAAAUAAUAAACUAGAUUUGAAUAAAAUCAAUCCGGACCUCAUGUCAAAGAUGGGGCCACCAUCCAAGGUAGCCAUACAGCAACCACAGCAAUUGAGAAUGGGACGCGAUUUAGCUCUUGGAAAGACUGUUAGAAUCCGUACUGCCGGUUACAAAGGUCAGUUAGGUAUUGUGAAGGAUGUUAAUGGAGAUAAUGCUAUUGUAGAGCUUCAUUCAAAGAACAAACACAUAACAAUUGACAAACACAGAUUGACGUACUACAAUAGAGAAGGUGGUGAUGGUUUGACCUAUGACGAACUUGUGAAUAGACGUGGUAAAUUACCUCAGGGAAGAAUAGGGCCUAGCUAUGUUAGUGCGCCAAGACAUAUGGCGGCUGGUGGCAAUGGUCCUGCUGCUAUUGGUGCUCAGGGAAGGCCAUUAUCGGGCGGAAUGACACCAGGCUGGAGUUCGUUCGAUGGAGGUAAGACGCCUGCUGCUACUGCACAAGCGGCAGGUGGUGCUUCUGCUUGGGGUGGCAGCUCUCAAUGGGGUGGUGCAUCCACCUGGGGUGGCCAAGGCGCCGGAAACGCGUCAUCCUGGGGUGGUACAUCCACCUGGGGUGGUCAAGGUUCUGGAGCCACAUCAACAUGGGGCGGAAAUUCAGCGUGGGGUAACAAGUCAAGCUGGGGUGGUGCAUCCACAUGGGCGUCCGGAGGUGAAGCCAAUGGCGCGUCCUCUACUUGGGGUGGUCGCGGUGACAAAUCUGCUUACGGUGGUACAUCAACCUGGGGCGGUAACAACAAUACUAAUAAUGGUGGAUCCUCUUCUUGGGGAAACAGCGGCGCAGCACAGCAGGGCCAUAAUUCGACCUGGGGCGGCGCUCAACAAGAGACUGGUAAUAAGUCAGCCUGGGGUGAUCAAGGUAACAGAUCCAGUUACGGAAACGGCAGUACAUGGGGUGCCUGA